UUGGCCUUAAUUUGAGACAUUUUCGUUUGGGAAUUUUUUCAAUAUUAUAAUAUGAUUAAUAUGUUGUGUUUUUCUUUAACCAAAAAUGAUAAACGGUUCCCUUGUUUAAUUGACAGAGUCGGUUAAUAAAGCUGAAUCGUUUUCGAACGCCCCAUCCCUACCGCGCACUCUCUGUUUUGUCGCAUGUUUGGUGACGUCCAACAAUCGACUCGUUGCUCUGAAGUCUCCGGGGCCGAGGCCUACAGAGUUUUUUUUUUUUUGUAACGCCCGCUCCCGAAAUUUGGUCUCGAUGUCCAGAUUUCGGUGCCCGUUUUGAUCGGGUUCGAGCCGAUGAAGCACUUUAGCCCGUGAUCGAAGCAGAAACGGUCGGAAACGUUAGCCAGCUGAUCGUAGCUAAAGCUAACUGCCAGCGAGGAAGUGAGGAGCGAAAAAAUGACAUCUCGGAGGUGAGAGAGGAGGAGGAGGGGGGGUGGGGGUCUGUGUGGAAAACAAUGUCUGCUGAUGGUGCUAGCUGGGGGAGCUAACUUUGACCAAACUCUAAUGUUUGGGGUGUUGGUGUGUCAGUAAACAGGCUGUAAAGAGAGCCGAAGUUUCUGGAAAAAAAAACUGCUUCAUUGAGCUCAGACCGGUGAUUCAGGGUUAAAUCUGGACAUGUUCAGGUUCACUCUAAACAUUCAGACCCCUAUAGCUAUACUAGUGUUACAUAAACAGAUUGAAAUCUAUAUUUAGGAGAAGAGGAUGAAAUCGUAGAUGAAGCUCUGACUGAAGGUUUUUUCUCUGACUGGAAGAAAAAAGAGAAAAAAGUCCAAAAAUAGCUGAUGGUGCCGCUUAAAGGAGCCUCCUCCUACAUGCUGAGGUGGAAAAAAGGGAAAAGAAAGGCAUAGACAGAGAGAAAGUAGGCAUGCAUGAUAGAUUGAACUUGUUCUUACUGUUUGUGUGUUUCUUAUAAAACUAAAGGAGCACAGCUGCACUUUGGGACCAUAACAUGCUAGGAGCAGAGCCUCAUUUUUCAAUCAAUCAAUCAAUUAGUCUUUAUUUAUAAAGCACUUUUCAUACACGACCAUGUAGCACAAAGUAAUUUACACAGAAAAAGGAGUAAAAGAAACAAAGAACACCCAAAUCUACCUCAACCCCAUGAUCUAAACACAACAGAAACAUGUAUUAAAAUGCAUAAACUGAAAAAGGGCUUGAUUUUAUAUAACCAGGAAUGUGUGUACACUGAGGAAAUGUCAUUUUAAGUACUCAAGAAAACACUGGAGGUUUAGUUUAAAAUCUAAGAACAAAGUAACAAAAUGAAAUUUAAGAAAUAAUAAAUAAAAUUGCAUAAUAACAACAGUAAAAGAUACUAAAAGAAGAACACCAAAAUAAGUCAAUAAAAGACAAUCCUGUCAUUAAAACUACAAAGAGAUAAAUGCUAAAACACUUAAAGGUAAUGAUAUCAAAUUUAGUAAAAGCAAGACUAAAAAGGUAUGUAUUGAGUUUGGUUUUAAAAUCAUUAUCUUUUUGACACAAAAGUGACUCCACAGAGUUUAAGGAGACAAGCUUUACCUUCACAACCAAGCUGUUAAAAGAUUGCUGUGUGCUUUCUUCUUGCAGGUGGUUUCACCCCAACAUCACAGGUGUGGAGGCUGAAAACCUCCUGCUGACUCGGGGAGUGGACGGGAGCUUUUUGGCCAGACCCAGUAAAAGUAACCCUGGAGACUUCACCCUCUCAGUACGGUGAGUGGACACUAUCAGUAUUUCCUGUUUUACACUUAGACUGUGCAGUUACCCCCAAUUUCCACCGCAUCCGGAAUUGCUCCGAUCCGGAAUGGCAGUGAUUUUUCGCCGUCCGCCAACUCCUACUGGAUCCGUUGGUGAGGUGAAUUUCGUGGUGGAUUAUGGACAGCAGGAAUCGCAAGAACUCACAAGAACCCGCGGAUUCAUGUGCAGUCGCGCGAUAACGAGUUGUCUCUAUAAAAACAGCCACAUAACCAUAUAAGCAGUAGAUUGUGUCCUUCUAGAGGUGGAAUUCUACUAGUAGACUUUUAGAAUCAGCCUCUCCUCAUCCAUGGUGUCUCCGCCUGUUACACAGAGCGUUUUAUUUUGAAAAGAAGCCGAAUGUUUUAUUUUGUGUCUGUGCCAGACUUCCUUUCCAGCACGGGUUAAUCUGUGCUGAAUUUAUCUGGCAUGCCCUGGUGUCCAGAAAAAAUAGAACUCUUGCAAUCAGCUGUGGAGUCCGUCGAUCCGCAGCGGAACAGAAAAAAGCCGGUGGAAAUUGACACAUUACCUUGACUGGCUACGAUCAGGUGCGAUCGGCGUAUACAGCCUUUUCGUAGCUGUUCUGGAUGCGGUGGAAAUUGUGGGCUAGGGUAUUUGGUGCAUUUUACCACCAUAUUAGAAAAAAAAGAGCAGCCUCUACUAAAAUUCAGUUUAUAUUGAGGACAUGAUAUGAAGAGAGUACACUGCUGACUCUGUUUUUAAAUCCAGUCACUAAGAGGGCAAAGGCCAUUCUGGCAAACCCCUUCCAUCCUCUCCAUACAGAAUUUCAAAGAGAAGGUUCACUUUUACUUGCGAAGCCAAAUCAAACAGGUAUUUUAAAUCCUUCGCCCCAACAGCCAUUGGUUUUUUGAGUCAGCUGUAGGUGAGAUUGAUGGGAACAAUUCAUCCAUGAAAUUGUGCUAACUCUAUGUAUUCACAUGUAUUCAUUUAUAUUAUUUCUGCUGUAUGCUUUCUAUCUUUAAUGUGAGGAUUGUGUGUGUGUUUUAUCUUCUGUUGCAAACCAAAUUGCCCGUAGGGGACAUUAAAGAAUUUCAAAUCAAAUCAGUCUCAAACAUGAAUCAAUGAAAUAAACAGGUGAUCUAUAAUAUUGCACAGCCUGCAUGAAUCUGCUUGUGAAAUAGGGUUAUGGAGUCAUUAGGCGUGAUGACUGAGAGACUGGAAGGCCUGAGGGAAAGAGCCGUUCCUGAGUCUGUUCAUACCUGUUUUUAUUGGCCUGUACCGCCUGUCUGAGGGCAGAGGGUCAAACAAGUCUGCUACCAACCAAUCAAGUCAGAAAUUAGAUUACAGUUCACAUGUGCAGUUCUAAAUAUAGAGUUAGAAAAACAAAACAAGCAUUAAGUUAAAACUUUACAACCUUUACAGCUGAAAUACGAUGUGGAUUGUACUUAUAUGUACAAACUGGAUUAAGUUUAAUUGUUCAUGACAGUCUAGAAAUUAGAUCAAGAGUAAGACUGUGUGAAAAGGCAGCUUGUAAUAUGUAAUAAUGACACUUGAAAUCCCCACAAACAGACUUUUUGGACUAAACAUUGAUGGAAAAAGAAACAAACAGACGCUCUGAUUUCACCCAGACUGACUGUUCUCUGAUCCUGAUAAACGUCUGUUUUCAUGGAUAAAGUGAGUAAAAACUGCUGAUCUGAUGUGACGAUAAGACGAGGAGCAGACAAAUUUAACGUUUAUUACAUAACUUGUUUAUUUUGUGUUCCAGGAGCCAGACACAUAAAAAAAACAACAUCUGUUUAAAGAUGCUGACAAAAAAUACAGCUGAGAGUUUAUGAUGCAGUAAAUAUAAAGGCUGAUCGGAUGUGAAGCUACAACUGCUAAUCAGCAAAUUAGCAUCUGUUAAUGAAUGUUUUCUGAAGUCUUUAACUCCUUAUGAGAUGUUCUGACAUGACGACAAAGUAAGAGAUAUUUUUGGGGACAUUAUUUCUGGAUUUGGAAAAAAAACUUUUGCACCUUUUCCUGAAAAUUUUCAGACAAGAAAAGGAGAAAAUAGUUUCCAAUCUGCUGUAAUAUAACGUCUGAGUGUGUUUUCAGUCGACUCUGCUGCCCUCAAGAAUCCUGACGAAUCAAUGAUGCUACUGUAAAUGUGCAGAAUUAUUCACACUUUUUAUUGAUGUGGGAAUAAUGAGGAUAAAAAUAGUCCCGCUCCCUCUGAAGUUGGACCGUGCGCUGAAAGGUUGUGGGAAAGCGGCAGCAUCCAAACAAGGCCAAGGAGCUUUUUGCUAAUAGAAAAAAAGUCGUGGUUUUAUCUCGGGGCCUGUCGAGUCAUAAAUUUUUCAGAUGAAGUAUCAUUAACUCUGUUCAGCUGAUGUAACCGAUGUUAUUUAAGUAACAGACGCAUAUUUUGAAGCUGUGCAGCCUCUCAUCUGGGACUAGAUUUACUUCAUAUGGAAACAAAACAAGUCAUGCUCCCCGUGCCGAGACGUUUCCGAACAGACUGACUCGCUGGUCCCAGCCGCUCGGGUCAGAACGCCUCACUUCUGUCCGCCUGUCUCUCUCUCUCUGAGCACAUUCAGAUCCACUUUAACUGAAGUCAUUCAAACAGACCGAGCUCCAGAUCGGCCACAAGUUCUCCUUUUUCUAUUUUCCGAUGUAAUGGUGGUCACCGACAGUGACUCAACACAGUUUACCGCCUAUCUGGUUUGUGUCACUCAGACAUCCUUUUUCCACUGAAGUUUCACAUUAAGACACGUGUUUCAUUAUAUAAAUCUCUGUUUGUCUCUCACCUGCUGUUAAUAAUAGAGAGGACACCCACGCUCGGACUGUUGCAUGUUGAACCAACACUUCGCUUGUUUUAAUCAUGAUGGAUGGAGUAGAUGAGACCAAGUCUUCAGGGUGUAAAAGGCUCAUAUUUGGGAUUUUAGAGACUUCUGAUGGACCGAUGUGGUUUCAAACAGUUCAACACUCACUCACAGUCUUAAGCUCGGAUGAAAAAAGUACUAUACAAAAACACUCUAAAUCCUCCUUUCUACUAGGGCCUGACCGAUAUGGAUUUUUUUGGGGCCGAUACCAAUUAUUGGGGGGGGGGGGGGGGGGGGAUCUGAUUACCAAUUAAUCGGACGAUUUUUAAUAAUUUUGUAUGAAGUUGUAAAAAAUGUAUAUAUACUGUAGAUAUCUACAGAUAUACUAUAUACUGUAGAUAUCUACAGUAUACUAUAGAUUACUGCUCUUCACGCCGACAGGAAGACAGACUGAUCAAACUCGGACCAUAAAAGCAUUUUCAACUACUGUUCUUUAUUCUACCGUUACUGGCACAGCUAACAGUGUAGCAAGGCUAAUAGCAGGUGGCUAACUCUAACUUUAGCUUGCAUAUUACAUGAUGCUUCACUGUUUACUCAGCGUGACCGAGACCAGCACAGUGGGGAACAUCGUGAAGUGGGUUGAACUGAAACUUGUUGACUUAUUGUGUAUUUCACAAACUGGUUUAUUUACCGUUGAGUCGGACCACUCUCCUCCAUGCGUCCCUGAGCUGCCUGCUUCAGAUCCGUCACUCUGCUGUGCUGUGAGGUAGUUAAUGUAUGAAGAUUGUCAUGAGGUUGCUGCGCCAUCUACAGCAUAAGUCAGGGAACUUUUCAAUGGCGAAACAUUUUCGAAUUGAAACCGAAUCUUAUUCUCUGCAUUUUAUUUCUGAAAAUAUCUGUGAAAAUCGCUGAGUUUUGGACAAUUACCGAUUAGUCUCAAACGGGCUAAAAUUGGCCGAUUCAAUUGGUUAGCUGAUAAAUCGGUCGGGCCCUACUUUCUACAUUAAGAUUAGAUGGAAUAACCAGAAAGUGCUGAGUUAGACAAACUGUAACUCGAUGAUAUGAGUAUUAAAUGAGUCAAACUGUUGUUUUCCUCAUCAUAUGUUCUUUCUUCUGUCUUUCUUUCUUUCUUUCUUUCUUUCUUUCUUUCUUUUUUUCUUCCUUUCUUUCUUUCUUUCUUUCUUUGUAUUUUAUCUCAGACUUUAAGAACAACAACAAAAAACAACUAGAAACAAAACAAUAGAACAACAAGAUAAUACAUAUGUACUCCAAACAACAGUACAUGUCAAAGAUAAAUUUACACAACAUAUGUAUGUCAAAAUAAACAGUUUGAGAAGGAGCAGAAUGAAGCAAAGAGCUUAUCUAGUCCUGUCCCUUCCUUUCAAAUUAGAGAUUUAAAAAAAAUCUAUUUGUAUCAAUUACAAAGAUCUGUAUAAAAACCUACAUAUUAUACACAAAGAUAUCUGCUCAACACUACAUACGCUACUUAUUAUAAUUAUUCGCAUAUUAUCAUAAUAAUCAGUGUUAUAAUAUUCAGAAUUAAUACUACUUUUGUGCAAUCAAGUAUAUAGAGUAAAAUCAUAUUUUUUGUAAGUUUACUUAUAUGAAUCUUUUCAUACUUCUCUAUAGUUUGAUCAAUAUCUUUAUGUUGUAGGGCAUUUUUAAAGUGACAUCCAGGCUGUUCCAGAGUUUAACACCACAAACAGAAAUGCACGUCAUUUUCAGAGUUGUAUGGACAAUCGGACAACUAAAUUUUAAAGUUCUGUAAAAAGAGUUUAAUCAUUGGUGUAGUCCUCCUGAAUAUGAUAUUAACUUUCUGAAUCAUGUAACUGCUGAAAACUGAUCUUGAAGACUGUGAUCAGGCAGCAUUGCUCAAAAAACAGACAUGGCUCUGGAGUGGUAAUCACCGCAUGGGCUCAAAAUCACAAUUAAUCAUUAUCUACAAAUGCAGGUUGAAACUGUUCGAUACAAAGAGGGAACUUCAUAAAAACAGGAUCCAGAAGAAUCCGGGACUUCUCAGACCUGAAUCCGUUUAAGAUGGACUGGUUUGAGAUCUUUUUUACUUAAAGAACAGAGACUCGGGGCACUAGUUUGGCUAAAAGCAUACUGUAUGUUCAGGGCUCACAGUCUUUGUUGCAACAGUCUCACUCUCUACUCUCUCUCUUCUUCUUCUUAAUUAAGGCAAAAAUGACCCUAAAGUAACUCAAAUGAAUAAAUAAUAGUAUAAUUAUAUGAUUGUUUUCUCUAGCCAUCAGCUCGAGCCUGUAGAUAUUUAGUUUACUGCCUCAGAAGACUCAGAAAAGCUAGAUCUUGACAGUGUUUUUAUAAACUUUGCUUUAAAACGAUCUUUGCUUAUUUUGAAAAUAGUUUCAGACGGUAGAAGAAGAGUUUAUUUAAAGCUGGUUUGAACAUAUUUCCUGGGUGAUCUGAUCACACGUGGACUAAACCAAGCACGUGCACAUUCACACAGCUUCUACAUGCGUCUCCAAAGGUGUCCUGGUGACCACUAAAACUGGAUCUCAGCUUCUGGUUUCAGAUGUAAAUGAAUACAGAGUCUCAACCAGACUUUAGAUAUCAUUAAAUAAAGACAACAAACAGCCAUGAAGAUGACACACACACACACACACACACACACACACACACACACACACACACACACACACUCAAGAAGAGGAUCCUGUAGAGAUGCUAAACAUGAAGAGACAGAGAGAGGGGCUGCAGUAUUUAUAGUCAUGAUGUUAGACUAAAUAAGCAGAUACUUAGAGAUGUUUGAGAUGCACCACGAGCUUCUUGUCAGACUCUGCUCGGUGUCCCUGAAGGCAGCAUCUCAUCGACUGAUCCUGUUUUUCCCUCCGCAGGCGAAAUGGAGCCGUCACCCACAUCAAGAUCCAGAACACAGGAGAUUACUACGACCUCUACGGAGGGGAGAAGUUCGCCACUCUGGCGGAGCUGGUGCAGUAUUACAUGGAGCAUCAUGGGCAACUAAAAGAGAAGAAUGGAGACGUCAUCGAACUCAAGUACCCGCUCAACUGUGCAGACCCCACCUCAGAAAGGUGAGUGACGACACGAGAGGUUACCUUUCGGUGUCAGUCUGAGUACUACAGAGGUGUUCUGUUAUUAUUCGUUUAAAAGGCACUGUCAGGAGUUUUAACAGCUGACUGAAGGAACAGCUGCUUUUGGUUUCUAUGGCAACCACUCAGAAAAACUGAUUCAUUUCACUGCUAAAAGAAAACACUGCUACUGUUACGUGAACAGAAUAAAGGAGAAGAGGUAUCGCUUUGUCCACAGGGGUGCCAGAGUAGACAUAAACCCCAAAAAGUCCCUCACUGGAGCUUUAAAGCUGCUGUGAGGGACUUUUUUGGCAUCCAUGGAAUAGACUUAAGUUUAUAUUUAUGCCUUUUUUUGGAUUUUGAAAAGCAAUGACGAUCAGCAGCAACAUGAUUCAGGAAAACAGCCCUGUUUUUACAAAUUUCACGUAAAUUAGUCUUAAAAAUUGAUGUGUUAAAUCAUCAAAUAAGAUUUUUUUUUUGUUUGGACACAUGUAAAGGACUGCUUCUUCCACAGGGGGCGCCAUAACUUAUACAACCAUAAAGUUCUUCACAGGAGCUUUAAAACUCUAAUAAUGGGCUAGGAAUUUCAGAGUUUCAAGAGUUUUAUUUUAUUUUUGAUUACAAAUUUUCACAACUAAAAGUUCCUGUGAGGAACCUUUUAGUCUUUAUCUUGUUUUCUCGUAGUGUUUUCUGACCAAAAGUCUCGUCUUUUUGACUCUUGAGAAUACUACUUGUUGAAAUUGUAAAAAUAGACUGUUCCCUCAGUUGACACCUACCCCCUCCCUUUACUUUCAGGCAUUAAAAAUGAAACUAAAAAACAGAUGAUCUUGUGUAUCUGAUGAUCUUGUUUUCUUUUAAAAAUCAUAAAAAACAUUAACACCACUUAUUUUCAUGCACAUAAAAAACUCCUGACUGGAUCUUUAAACCCAGAGUUUCGUCAAAGGUUAAAUAACUCGUCGUCCUUCAGUGGCUAAACUUCAUAACGCUGCAUGUCAUUAUCAAGCAUUAAUGAGCUGCUCUGACAUUUAUUUUUCUUCGUCAUAAAAGAGGAAGUGGUGGUGUGGUGGUUAUCAGCCCUGCAGGCAGCAGACUGUUCCUGGUUAUGUUCAUCAACAUUUCCUCCUCCUCCUCCUCAUUGGAUCCACUCUGUAAAUGUUUAACCUGCAGCAGCUUCUGGUCCAGACAUCAUGGUUUGUUGUUUUUAUUCUCAGGUGGUUUCACGGACACUUGUCAGGCAGGGAGGCCGAGAAGCUGCUGACGGAGAAAGGGAAGAAUGGCAGCUUCCUGGUGAGAGAGAGCCAGAGUCACCCGGGGGACUUUGUCUUGUCUGUGCGCACAGGAGAUGACAAGACGGACAGCAGCGACAGCAAACCCAAAGUCACUCACGUCAUGAUCCGCUGCCAGGUAGACACCCCCACCCCAACCCAACCCCCUCCUCUGUUUCCGUAUAUUUAUGUUUGCCUCAGUGUGUCUGUGAGGGUGUGACACUCAGAGAUACAGAUGUUAGGAUGCAGUUUGUUGUUUGGUUCACUGCCUGGUUUGUUUUUUUAAAUCACGAGAGUCCAAAUUCAGACUACUGUUAUAUCACGUUUUCACCUCAGGAUUACUCUGGUUUAUAUGACGGAGUAUUAGGGCCACAUAAGGAGAAAAAAAAAUUAAGACUUUGUAAUUACUAACGAAAAUAAAGUCAUAAUAAAAUCAUUAUAAUACUUACGAUAGAGUGGUGCUGAUGUGCCAAAAGAUUAAGUAUCUCCUUGUUUGAGAAACAUAUUGAAGAACAUUUUCAUGAAAUGCUCCACAGCUCUCAUUUCAAUAACUGUCAUCUUAAACAACAGGUUAGAAUAUAAGGACUUUAUUUUGACUUUAUUUUCUUAAGUGAUUACUUUAUUACGACUUUAUUCUCGCAAGUAAUGACUUUAUUCUCGUAAAUUAAUCUCAAAGUCUUUAUUUUUUUUCUUAAUGUGACCCUAAUACUCCAUCAUAGGUUUAAAAGAUUCACAGUGAUAAUAUUUUUUAUGGAAAAAUUGAAAAUAAAAAAACACCACAAUCAGUCCGACUGAAACUGGACCUUUGGAAAAAAUGUGUAAAUAUUAGUCCGACUGAAAUCCAACUAGUUGUUCCGGUACAUGAUUCUGUUUGCUGUUUGCUCUACCAAUAAAGACAGUUAAGUGACUGUCUUCCUUUUAUAAUGAUAUUUAAAGUUACAUGUCUGUUUAGGAGAAAAUUCUAAUUGAACAAAAACUCGACAUUUUCUUCUGCGAUUCUACAGAUCGACAAACUCCUCUGACGUGAUUUUAACUGCUGUAGAUGACACACAACCUGUCAUAAGCCAUGGCUUUGUCAUGCUUUUAUUUUAAAAGUGUUACUGCCUUGCGUUAGGAUUGCAUUAUCCCCUGUCACAUCAUAGCAUGCUUUUAUUUUGAAACAUUUACGCUACUUCCAGAAGAUUUUGAGUAACGAAAACUGAGUUUGAUCACUUUGUUUUUUAAGUAAAUAAAUUUUGGACUGUUGCCUUGGUAACCCAUCUUAUGCAUGGCUGCUGUGUUUUAAUUUGGAUUGAAAAGCUAUCUAAAGGGAACUGAUGCCCUCUAGCCAAUCAGAACUGAGUAUGUGCUGAGACUAUUUGAAACAGUUGAAUGUAAAUCAGAGUUUUUCUGUUUUUGUUGUUUGUUCAGAUUUCACUUGAAAUCUGAUUUAUUAAUAACCCUCAGCCGAGUGUGACCAGGUUCAAACUGCACUCAGAAAUCACUCCAGGAGCCUUAAGUGGAUCUGAAGGACCUUAAAGGUUUUUAAUGUGAUUUCUUCUCAUGUUUCAAACACUGAGGGUCCUUUGUGGUCCUCGUCAUGUGAACCAGUGACAGCAGGGUCAGCGUCCUCAUUAUGCAGGUUUUCAGCAGCCGCCGCUGCAGGACAGUGUGGCUGAUAUUGAUUUUCCUUCAUGUUAACACGUAAUGACUUUUAAACACCAGCAUCAUUAGAUUAAUGGAGGCAGGAGGUCGACAGGCUGGCACCAGACCAGGUUUCUCCUCCCCCUGACAGGUCCUGGUCUCGGUCUCUCUGAUGUGGAGCCUCAAAGCUCUGAGUGAUCAGUAGUUACUUGGAGGUGGAAGAAAAAAACAAUUCACAUAAUUAUCACAAUUUUUUGUUUUACAAUUUUUAAAUCGUUUUUUUUUUUUUUUUUUUUUUUCAAAUUUAAGAAUAAAUCUUAAAAACUGACUUACAUGUGAUGUGUAUUUUUUGGGGAAAUAUGGUUCCUGAAAUAGAAAGUAGACAAUCAUAAUCAUUCAACUGUUUUAUUGGUGUUAAAAAUGCAGACUCAAAAUCAACAAUAUCACAGAAUCACAAUUUAAAUCAUCCAAAAAAUCGUAGAAGAAUCAAAUCGGGGGAAAAGCCCUAGUAAUUACUGGAAAUCCAGUGCAGUGGAGCUGAAUCAGAUUUUUAGCUCCAUAAAUGUUACAUUUUGAGUGUUUUUAACCUUUUCUUUCUCCCAAAGCUCAAACCUGGACAGAAACUUUCCUCUCCCUUGUAUAAACCGUCUCCUGCCUGUCAAAUUCAAGUAUCUGUGUUUUUUCCCUCAGCAUGACCUGAAGUACGACGUUGGUGGAGGGGAGAAGUUCGACUCCCUCACAGACCUGGUGGAGCACUACAAGAAGAACCCCAUGGUGGAGACUCUGGGCACUGUGCUGCAGCUCAAACAGGUACCUCUACUUUCAAAGAUCCUCUAUAACAAAAGAAAACCUAGUUUUUUAACACCUGCGCUGACUCCUCCUCCUCCUCCUCCUCCUCCUCCUACUCCUCCUACUCCUCCCUACAGCCGCUCAACACUACUCGUAUUAACGCCGCAGAGAUUGAGAGUCGAGUUCGGGAGCUGAGCAAACUAGCCGAGGCCACAGACAAGGUCAAGCAGGGCUUCUGGGAGGAGUUUGAGGUAAGCGUGCUCCACCUGUCCUCACCUGUGUUUGGGUUUUUCCCUCCUAAAGUCUGACUCGUGUUGUUUUCCUCCAUCCAGACCUUACAGCAGCAAGAGUGUAAACUGCUCUACAGCCGCAAAGAGGGCCAGAGACCUGAGAACAAGAACAAGAACAGAUACAAGAACAUCCUGCCCUGUGAGGAACCUUUUCUUUUUUCACUCUCACACUUUGAAACCACGAACAUCCUCACCUGGUGUGGAUUUUAACUGUUCCUUUUUGUGUUUCAGUCGACCACACUCGUGUGGUUCUGAAUGACAGGGACCCAAAUGAGCCCGGUUCUGACUACAUCAACGCCAAUAUCAUCAUGGUAGUAUCUGCUGUCAUGGUAAACUCACUUCAUCCUCAGGGGACACCUACUCACACAUACACAUUUUCACCCACAUGAUUUGGACUUAGUUUUGGAGAUUUGAUAGUUUGAGUGAGUCAGGACUAGUGUUCCGUUUCCAAAUUCCUUCGAUUAUAUCUGUACUCUCUAAACACAGUUCAGAGUUUAACCUCCACAGGAUUCAGAGCACUAACUUAGAUACGGGUAGACGUCUGAUCAGAGUCAUCACCACGUUUUCACACACGUUUUCUCAUGAUCUGCUGUCAUUAUUCCCAUGUGUGUUUGUAGUGUUACAGCUGAGUAAGUCUGUGUUUGUUUGUCUGUCUGCGCAGCCGGAGCUGGACUCUAAGUGUAACAGCACCAAGGUGAAGAAGAGCUACAUCGCCACUCAGGGCUGUCUGCAGAACACCAUCAGUGACUUCUGGAGGAUGGUGUUCCAGGAGAACUCGCGAGUCAUCGUCAUGACGACUAAGGAGGUGGAGAGAGGGAAGGUGCGCAGACCGAAACUUACAGAUCAAGAAGAGACAAAAUGAAGUAGUUUGGGUUUUGACUAAAGUGAGAGUUUUGUGUCUCUGCAGAGUAAGUGUGUGAAAUACUGGCCUGACAUGUCGGCUCUGAAGGAGUACGGAGCAAUGCGGGUCCGAAACGUCAAAGAAACGGCUGCACACGACUACAUCUUAAGAGAACUCAAACUGUCCAAAGUCGGCCAGGUAAGCUGAGGUGGUGAUCUUACUUAGGAGUCCACACUUUCUCCUUUUUUAAACACAGAUGAAAAAAAGCUGACCUGGAUUUUGAGUCCUAAAUAUUUUUAGCUCUGGCUCAAGCUGAAGCUCAAACAAGUCUCAGCAAAGUCUAGAAAACUGAAGAUGAACUUUCAACAGAUAGACGCUCGAAAGAAUCCAGAUACAGGCUCUGAUAAAAAUAACUUUUUUUCUUAUGAAUUGAAGUUUGAUAGAGCUACUCUUGCGUUUAACAAAGAGGUCAAAAAAACAUCAGAGUAGUUUGUGAGGAGGAGGUCUAUGACUCGCUAAAUAAUAAGCACAUUUCAGCUUGAAAAGAGGAAUCUUGAAUUUAUUUAAGCGAACAAAAAUAUCCUCUGGGUUGACUUCAAACAAUGAGCAAAAUUAAAAACGUAAUUUAGCCGCAGAUAAAACUGUUUAACUCCUCACUUGCCUCACUCCGUCAGCAACAAGCAAAACCAAAAGAAACCAGCUGUCCUCACUCCCUAAUCACAGGAGGAGGGACGUGAGCAGCAAAGAAAUGAAAAAUAAUUAAUUCACAAUAAUCAUUAUCUGUAGCAUUUCCAAAUAAUUCAAAUAAUAAUACAAAGAAUCAAUAGACUCCAACAAAGUCAUUUAAAACUCCUGUGAGGAACCCUUCACUUCAGCAAAAGAUAGAAGUCCAGCUGAUCUUUUCCUGGACCAUCAGAAACACCCUGAACCUUUGCAAAGAACUCUUCCAGGACAGAUCCACUUCUCUUGGGGUAAAAUUUAGACCCUCAGUCCUGCUGUAGAAAAUAUCUUAAACUAAUUUGAAGAAACACAUGAUCUUUCAGUCGUUUUAAACUCUUUUUAAAGUUUCGUGUUUUACUCAAACUUCAGAGUGAAGGGAUUUAUCCUGCUGAACAAUCUGAUAUGUGUUUCUGAAGCCUGAUGAGUUCAGAUCCCUCAGCUGUAUAAAAUCACAUCAAUGAGUGGCUCUGUUUGACCGGCUGACAUGUCCCUUUAUUAAGAUGAACAACUGCAUUGUAGUUCAUUUGGACCCGGUCCCCCCUCGCUCCCUCCUGCUGCUGGAAAUAGUCCCCAAAGACUCCGAAGUGAUUCAACUGCAGCUGAAAAUAGUUCCUGACGAAGGCUCUGAGUAUUCCUGUCUGAGUCAUGUUCUGAGAGCCGCAGAGUCACAGAGCUUUUUCUGAAAAUGAGAAACGCAGGAGCUAUUUUUGAACAUGGGGGGGGGGGAGAGACAGAGUCAGAUGAAGGAGGAGGUGGGAAAUCACUUUUCAUGGAGAUAACAGAUGGACGGUUUUCCUGCCUGAACAUGUCACUCAGAUGCCUCCUGGUUUAAAGCGGGUUUUCUUCUGUUUUUCAGGGGAACACGGAGCGAACGGUCUGGCAGUACCACUUCAGGGCCUGGCCGGACCACGGAGUUCCCACUGACCCCGGCGGCGUGCUGGACUUCUUGGAGGAGGUGAACCUGAAACAGGAGAGCAUCCUGGAUGCUGGACCUAUUGCGGUACACUGCAGGUAAACACUCGCAGAGAUAAACAAGCUUUGAUUGGACCAGGACGAACGGUUGAACUUGCUCUAAAACUCUGUCCUAUUCUCUGUUUCGCUCUUCAGUGCAGGAAUCGGGCGGACGGGAACGUUUAUAGUGAUCGAUAUUCUGAUAGACGUGAUCAGGGAAAAAGGUGAGUCUGUGUCCGUCUUUGUCAGGUGUUCGAUAAAUACUGUACGGUCAGACUCUGCACGCCGUAUUAAAUCUCCGUUAUUAACCCUUCAUUAACUGCCUUCAUGCUGCAGGUGUGGACUGCGACAUCGAUGUGCCAAAGACCAUCCAGAUGGUCCGCUCUCAGCGCUCUGGGAUGGUGCAGACGGAGGCUCAGUACAGGUUCAUCUACAUGGCGGUGCAGCAUUACAUCGAAACGCUGCAGAGACGCAUCGAGGAGGAGCAGGUGUGCAGCAGACCCCCGCUCACCUGAUUUUGGCUUCACUUGUUUUUGGUUUCUCUCUCUAACCGCGCCGUUUCCUCUUCCUCUCUGCAGAAAAGUAAGAUUAAAGGCCGCGAGUACACCAACAUUAAGUACUCUUUGUCUGAUCUGACCGGAGGAGAGCAGAGCCCUUUGCCUCCUUGCACUCCUAUUCCUACUCCCACCUGCACAGAGUGAGUCUCACUUCACUUCACUUAUACCUGCUAGAGCAGCCAUGUUUGUAGUUUUCUUAAAUCAGAGCGUCUGUUUCACCUCGACAGGAUGAGGGAUGACAGCUCCAGAGUGUACGAGAACGUCGGCCUGAUGCAGCAGCAGAAGAGCUACAGAUGAGAUUGACCUUUAACCCCAGCGCUCCAUCACUUCCAGGUGAGUGAAAGACAACAGAGGACAAAGCAGAGAGACAAGCCGUCAGCUGAUUACUUUGAAUGAAACAGAAAAACAAGGAAGGUUAGUUUUUAGUAAGCUAUACAGAUACAGAGGAAUUAUAAACGCAUGUGUAGAAACAAAUUAACGUCUCUGAAAUCCUCAUCCAACAGCCAUAAAAAAGAUAAAACAGUAACAACAAAACACCCAAAUAUCAGUACUCACAUAAAAAAAGGCAGAUUUACAAUUAUAAAGAUGUUUCUCCACAGUUUCUCAAAGUUUUCAGCAGCUUUAGACCUUUUUUUUCUGGCAAACAGACAGAAUUACUCACAAAUAUUUUAUUACACAAAAUAACUCCUCAAUAUUAAAUGGAGAAAUUUACAAAGUACAACAGUGUUUGGAGUCUAAAAUCCUGCUUCAUUUUUACCUGAAAAAUGUGACUGAUAAAUACACAAACACUUAUUUGGUCUUUAGGGACAUUUAGGACAACACCUGCCCUCCUCGAUUUACAAGUUAAUCUCUGCAAUUCAACUGAAGCAUGUGAGAUUAAGUCAAACAUGUACAAAUCUGAAUUGAAGAUUAAAUACAGAAAUUACAAGGGAGUAUUAGGGCCACAUGGAGAGAAAAAUUAAUACUUUGAAAUUAAAGUCGUCAUUUACGAGAAUAAAGUCAUUACUAAUGAGAAUAAAGUUGUAAUAAAAUCAUUGAUAUUUCCGAUAAUGUAGUGCUGAUGUGCUGAGGUUAUGUAUCUCCUUGUUUGAGAAACCUUUAUUACAGCACUUUUCACGAAAUGCUCCAUGGCUCUCAUUUCAACAACAGUCAUCUUAAACAACAGGUUGGAAUAUAAGGACUUUAUUCUUGUAAGUUAACGACUUUAAUCAUGAAGUAUUAAAUUUUAUUUCUUAUUGUGGCCUUAAUUCUCCUGCAAACCUGCAAAAAACUGAAUUACUGAAACAAUCAAACCUCUGCUGAAUAAACACAACAGCAGCAUGAAACUGUGAGCGUUCACUCUGCCAACACACCGCUGAACUGCUGCCCUCAAGUGGUCCGAUGGAUAAAUAAGAAAUAAUGUGCUGACAUGGGAAUGAUGAUCCUUUGAAGGGACAUUUCAGUGUUUUUUAAGGUUUUAGGGGUUUAGAGAUGCUACAGUUUUGGGCCGACAGCCUGAAUUUAAGAUGGUGCUUUUGUUGUUCAUGCUGCUGCGUCUUCAGUAAAUGUGUCGUCCGGUUCGAGCACAUAUGGGCACAUACAGCUGGAGCACACAAGCACCCACACAAGAUUCACACAAACAAAGAGAAAGUUGUUACCAAAACAACAAAGAAAAGGAUUUUUAUUUUUUUGAGAGCAGAAGAAAAGCUAAAAAUUAUCAUAACCCAACUUACAGAAACUUCAUACAACAGAAAAUAUAAAGGAGAGAGCAUCUUCAAUGUCUUUCUUUGUGUCUCCUUCAGGAUCUUGAUACCUGACAGUUUUUGCCAGCCACACCUUGACGCCUGAGACUUGACCGUGAUGACAUGAAACAGCGGAAAAACACAAACAACCCCUCACCCGACAAAAACCCGAGAGAGAGACCAGACUCCAGGGCCCAUCUGCUCUCUCCCCCCCGUUUGCCCUCUAGAUGAAAUCGAAACCACUGUGAUUGUCAGAAGAGCCUUCGAGAAGCUAACACACUAAACCCAUGUAAUCUUAAACCACCGCUUAGGUUUAGCUCUUUGUUAAUCUCAUCCCAACAAGGGCUGCUAACAGCAAGCGCUCUCCUCAGAGGGGAUCAAACUAGCUAACUUUUGCUCAUCUCUCGUUUUUUUUCUUUUUAUUAACCAAAGGAAGAUUAUGUCGAUCGUUUGUUCAGAGAAAAGAGGCCUGUGCCAAAACCACAAAUGAAUUAAUCCACAUUUCUUCAGCCAUUUAAAAGUCUCUAUUCGGCCUUGACAGCAGAGGGAGACGAGACCUUAUUUGUGGACGAAAGUGGGGCGAAACUCCCCACUGUGGUUUGUCGCCUAGUUUCACUGUGUUAUAUAAAUAAUGUUUCUGAAUGAAGAACUAUUGGCAUUGUAGUGUAAUACCAUAUUUACUGAUGAUGAUUUGUAAACUUAAAACAUGGAUUCCUUUAGUUUUUUUUUUUUUUUUGGUCGGCCUGGACGGCCCGGUAGAGAACCUUUUUUUCAGGAUAUUCGGCGUGUGAACCGACUUUUCAGUGUUUGUUUGUUAACCAUUCCUGAGCUCAAGCCGAAUGCCCUUACUGCUGCUGCACUUUUGUUUUGCAGCGUCAAACAGUCAAGCCUUGAUUCACCUGGUGGAUUUCAAACAAUAAUCUGAGGGUCUAGAGAGGAGGAGUGAGUCCGGUAAGCCUGCACUUCUACGUCACAGCGAGUGUGACGAUGCAUUAAGAUUUCAGGGGAGUCUGUCGUCGUCGUGUUUCUCAGUUGCAGGCAUCGCCACAGACGCACGGCUGCCAAAAAACUUUGUUUUUUAAGGUUUUUUUUUAAGUGCAUAUUACUUUUUUCUGUCAUAUUUUCUUCUUUGCCUUUUGUGUAUUGCCAUUAACUCUUCUGUGCACCACAUGUACUUAAUUUUAAGAGUCACUGUUUAAAGAAGCAAUCAGCAUUUCCCAGCUCCUGCAAUAUAGAUCGUCACUGUCGUGGUUGUAUAAUGUCGACCCUGUUUCUACUCAGCUGGAUUCAGUAGUUUAUACAAACACACACACACACUAAUGUUCACAGGUUUCUGUUGGAGAGUGUUUUUGUCUUUUCUUUUGUUAUUCACACUGAAUCAUGUAAAGGGGAAGUUUGAUACUUUGGGAAAUUUGAAUUUUCAGUUUAUGGAAAGGGUUUUAUCUGCGAGUUAAAGAUGGAGUUCGAGUCACUGAACACAAAGACUGAAAACAGAGAGAAGCAGCUCGCUGAGUUUGGCCAAAAGUGGCUUGAAAACAACUUCAGGCCGAGAAAGAGUUCCCAAAAAUAGAUACCUACAAUCUAGGGGUCGACCGAUAUCAGUUUUUCAAAGCCGAUAUAGAUACCGAUAUAGAUACAGACACAGAUACCAAUAUAGAUACUAAUAUAGACACUGAUACAGAUACCAGUCCAGAUACUAAAAUAAAUACCUACAAACUAGGGGUUGACCGAUAUCAGUUUUUCAAAGCCAAUAUAGAUACAAACACAGACACCAAUAUUGAUACAAAUAUAGACAAUGAUACAGAUACCAGUACUGAUACUUAAAUAGAUACUGAUAGAGAUACAAUACUGAUAUGAUUUUGAUGAUAAGGAGAUUAUGUGACCAUAAAUCGACGUUUAGAACCAGUAUGUAUCGGCAGUAAAAUUGUACAAAUUAGGAAUAUUGGUCAUGUGAUAUCUAGCCAAUCAGGCAGUGUUGUGGGCGGGGCAUCCAGCGAGACAAUGCAGUGCAAGUUUACAGUCCCAGACAGCAAAGCCAAAGUGACGCACUUUUUGAAUAUUUCAUGUUUUUGGUUAUCUAUCAAAUAAAAGACCAAUACAGAUAAUCAGCCAAAUGUCAAAUAUCGGCACCAAUAAUCGGACAUUCUUGGAGUCAUAACGAGGCUACAGCCAAUUAGUUUAUCUCAAUGCAAAAACCUGAAACAGAGGAAAAGAUCGAUCUAAACUCAUCGUCAUGACUUCAAAAAGACGAUUUAAGUUCCUCUCUAACUUCACUUGUUCGCUUUCUGAGUGUUUUUAUCUUUUCGUCGAGCUGGUUAGCUGGAAUUAAAAUAUUCAUGUUAACAACCAGGAAAUUAGUCACUCCAGAACAUCUUUAAUAAACGCUGUUAUCAUGUUAAUAAACUAAUUAUAGAGCUAGUCACAGUUAGCCUAGUUUUGAUUAUGGACUGAAAAAAGCGAAAACGUGCAGAAACAGAAAUACGCUAAAUAUGACACUGUUACCUUCAGUUGAUUAGCCUAGCUUAGCAUUUUAGCGGUGCACUCCAGCCUUCGUCUGUUAAAAGCUGAUAAAACCCAAGUAGGUAUCUGGAGGGAAAAUCUUUCAUUAAGGUGACGUUUGAGUGCUAAAUAUGAAGCUGCAGUCAGCAGCUGAUUAGCCUAGCCUAGCAUAAUGUGUUAAAAUGGGAAGCUACAUCUCAGCUUUGCACUAAGACUAGAAAAAGGAGGAGGAUAGUGGUCUGGCUCAGUCUUAGGGGGAGUUAAAGCCGCCUCAGGAAAGUGGGUCAGACACGAAACAGAUCCAGUUUCAGCCUGUAGCUGUUAUCGAUCUUAAGUUCUCAUUGAAAUCAAAUUUCCAAGAUGUCAAACGUUUCCUUCGAGUCCAUCAUGUUCAGCUGCAGUAUUUAGGAAAGUCUAAAGUUCUGGAUCCAGUUUCAAACUCUCAUUUCAAACAUACAUGUGGCCUGAGUUUAUUCUCCUUUAGUUUGUUUCCAUGACUACGCCUGGAGGAGCUGACACCUAACCAUCGAAUACAGAAGAAGAAGAAGAAACGUCUCUUCCUCAACAACCACUCAUCCCAGAUCGAGAAGUUUCUCUCUCAGCAUUAAAAUCAUGAAGUCAGUGUUUUUUGUUUUUUUAUUUUUAUUUUUAUUUUUUUUACGGGGGGGCUGCUUCCUCCCCUUGCCGCCCGGAGCCCACCGAAGGACUCUUAGCGCCCGGCUGCUGCUUCACAGCGAGUGUUCUUUGAUUCAUCUCCCCGGGUGAACGCCAUCCAUUGACUGAGAUCUUCUGUACUUUGUCGUACUGUACGCAGUUUUAUCAUCAAACACGAGUUCCUUCUCGUCUGCAGUUUCGUGGAGUGCUUGUUGUGGUGUCGUGUGUGUGUGCGAGGGUGUGUGUGUCAGUCUUCUUUCGUUUCGUCUCCUUCCCUGAUGAUAAAACUGCUUUCCAUUAAUCAUGUAAGCAAUUUAGAUGCAUAGACGUGCCUUCUAUGCAUAUGCCUUUGUGUAUGUGAUAGCUAUUAAUAAAUCAACACAGUGCUCUUUAGUUCCACCGCCAUUCAAGAACCUGUAACACUUUAAUGUGAAUAAUUUCAUCCUGAACAAAAAAAAAAAGGAAACAACGGUGAUCGCAAUGCAAACAAACUAUAUUUUUUAACAUGUAUAUCGUACAUGAGUACCUGGUAGAGGAGAAUGUACUUACUAAAACAUAUCUACUUGCCAAUAAGAUAUACUGUAUGUAUAUUCCUACAGCUUUCUCUCUGUGACACAGGGAGGGACCUCUCACAAAGCUUCAGAGGUUUAUUGUAUGACUUUCGAUGCAGUUAACCAUGUUAACUAAACUCAAUAACAAUAAAUGGCAACACGUGCCGCAUUAAUGCA